UGGACAUGGAAAUGCAAACAAACAACAGAACCAGAAAGGUGUCCAUAAAAGCAGGGACACAUUCUCCAACUCCUAGCAAGAAGCCUCCAUUACGCACGAUAUCAAGGAUUAUACGAGAAGAGGAUGAACAACUGUACUCUCGCUUUCCUGAGAUGAGGGAAACUAUAGAUGGUAUAACCACAUUAGGACCAUGGCUUUCCUCCUUGAUUGAGGACGGAGAUGAUUCUGAAGAUCCUGAAGAUCCUGACUACAAGGAUGUGGCAGAGCAACUCCUUAAAAAGGUCCUGGAUCAAUUUGAUACGUUCAAGGAACCAGAUCAAAGGAAAUUAAUGGGAAACCAGAUGGCAAAGAAUGGAGUGGUGAAGGACAUGGGCGAUUUUUACAAGUAUCUGGUGAGGAUAAUGCCAUUGGCUGAGUUUACUUUGGCAGAGGCUGAAGACAAGGAUGAUGGUAUCAUAGUUGUAGAACAGUUGCGACAGAUUUUCUGGAAUCUUUCUGAUAAUAGUGUGGAAUUUUGUGCUGAGAUAGCGGAAAACACAGAAAUGAUCCGUUUUCUUGUCAUCGACCUGUUGGCAAUAAGAAAAGAUGAAUUUGAUAUCCUUAAGGAGGACUCGUUCCCAUUUCUAUCUGCAGUAGGGAUUCUGCACAAUGUGGCUCGCUCAGGUGUUACAAAAACCUGCUUCAGUGUCAUCCUAGACAGUCAAGAUGAAUUUGCUAAACCAAUACAAGUCCUGGAUGUCUUGAUGCCAUACCUAGAGACAAAAAAUACACACAUCAAGUUGAUCACACUGCUGGGUCUGGCACACAUCGUAAAUGAGCAACAGAACCAGAUAUUGUCUGCUAAUGCUUCACUGUUCGACUUCCUGCUGGAAACACUGAAGUCUGCCAUCAAGAGCAAAGACCACCGCAAGUAUGGCUUCAGUGUGGAGGAACUACUGGAUGGACUUGCUAAUCUUGCCAAAAAUGACCUCAACAAGGCAAUUAUCAUGGACAAAAAGGCCUUCCCUAUUCUCAAGGACAUUAUCAUAAAAGGCAAGAGUCAAGAAGAAAAGGCAGAGGCUCUCAAGGUUAUCUGGGAGUUGUCAUUUAUGGGAAAAAACAAGCAAACUUUCAUGGGUGAUAAAGAAUUUUGGAAGAAAAUUUACCUUCUGCAAAGUGACAGUGUUGAGGAGGUUUCAAAGGCAGCCCAGGGUGCCUGUUUUGUUAUAACUGACGGUGACCUCCAUGGCAAGGCUCCACAAGGCGUCAAAAGCUUCAGGAAACCAGCUCCUAUUGUACGAAAGAAGGAGCAACAGGAUGAAGAACAGCACAUCAUGAUCAGUUACAACUGGGCAGACCAGAAGAUGCUUCUCAGGGUUCGUGAUCGCCUCCAGGAUGUUGGAUACAAGGUAUGGAUGGAUGUAGACAACAUGGAAGGAGACAUUCUAGAUGCCAUGGCUCGUGCUGUAGAGAAUGCUCAUAUUGUUCUCAUGUGCUACUCUGAGAAAUACAAGGAAAGCAAAAAUUGUAGAACAGAGGCCCAGUAUGCCUACCAAGUGAAUAAGGAUAUCAUCCCUGUACUGAUGCAGACCAGAUAUAAACCUGAUGGCUGGCUUGGUAUCCUGGUAGGGUCUAAGCUGUUCUACGAAUUUACAACUAAAUACCCAUUUGAGAACAAAAUCCGAGAACUGAUUCGAGAGCUGGAGAAUCGAUUCAGAGUCAUGAUGAAGAAAGACUCUGCACCAAAAGUGCUUAGUAUUGUUUCUACACAAAUAGAGCAAACCAAAAAGGAAGACAUGGAAAACAAAACAGCAAUGGUGUCAUGGACUACCGAUGAUUUAAGUGAAUGGCUGUCUAGAAACAAACUGGAAGCGUUUGUCGGACUGAAGUCACUGAGUGGAGCACAACUAGCGUUCCUCUACAAGCUAUUUCGAAGGGCCCCGGAGUUUUUCUAUCGCUGCCUGGAGGAGAAGCUUGGUUUACAGUCUCUUGAAGAUCUCAUGAGAUUCACAGAUGCAUUGGAGAAACUCAGUGAGGAACAACCAGAUUUAAAUCAACAACUGCUUUAAAUUUGGGUGGUUACCAACCAGAUAUGAAAUGAGCAAAUUCUA